GGAAGGAGGAAAUAUUAUCAGAGGCAGAGGAUCUACAAUGUUAUCAAGCAGCUGCUUUAUGUUUCAUAACGAGAUGUAACAACGCGCAAGUACAAAUUACGCCCAGUACAUGAAAAUUAUUUCGAGAGAUCGGAUAUGUGAAAACACACGCGUCAUGCACCUGAUAACGUGCAAUAUCGAGGACCACUUGGAUUCGUUGCACGCAUGUAACGAAGAGCCUCGAGAGUGAGACAGUGUCAUCAUCAUCAUCAUCAUCAUCAUGGAUGGGAAAGUGCAAACCGAGAAAGUGAAGAAUCCUAGAGCGGGCACAAAUAUUCUCAGCGCGUUGACGUUCACUUGGGUCCUACGCACGUUCUGGGUGGGUUACCGCAGAGAUCUUGAAGUAACUGAUCUGUACACACCCCUUAAAGAGCAUACAAGUGGUAUUCUUGGUGUUAAAAUAGCGAAGGCCUGGGAGAAAGAAUGCGAGGCGUACAAACGUCGGCUGGAGAGGAAUGCGAGGACUGGAUCCCAAAAGAAGGUGAGCGAGCCCAGUUUGCUGAGAGUCAUCAUCAAGUGCUUCGGCUUCAAGGUCCUGCUAUACGGAAUAGUUCUGGCCGUCAUGGAGAUCUUGCUCAGGCUGUUGCAACCGAUCUUUCUGGGCCAGCUGCUACGGUAUUACAAUACCCAGGAAGUUGACGAGUUCCACGCUUAUUUGUACGCGGCCGGCAUCAUCUUGUGUUCCGCCGUCAAUGUGUUUGUCAUACAUCCAUAUAUGAUGGGAAUCCUGCAUAUGGGCAUGAAAAUACGUAUAGCUUGCUGCUCGCUCAUCUAUCGCAAGACGUUGAAGCUGACUAGGACCGCGCUGGGCGAGACGACAAUUGGGCAGGCAGUCAAUUUAUUAUCCAACGAUGUCAAUAGGUUCGACAUUAGCAUCAUAUUCCUCCAUUACUUAUGGAUCGGACCCUUAGAGACUAUCAUUAUUACGUUCUUCAUGUACUACUUCCUUGACAUCGGAAUAUCCGCUAUCAUCGGAGUCGCCUCUCUGCUCAUGUUUAUUCCUUUGCAAGGAUGGCUGGGCAAAAAAUCAUCUGAGCUGAGGUUAAGAACUGCAAUCAGAACUGACGAGAGGGUGCGAUUGACAAACGAGAUUAUUAGCGGAAUUCAAGCUAUUAAGAUGUACACCUGGGAAAAGCCAUUUAGCGCGCUCAUAGAAAAAGCGAGAAAGAAGGAAGUCAACGUCAUCCGAGGGACGUCGUAUAUCAGAGGUGUCACCUUGUCAUUCAUCAUUUUCUCCACGAGGAUGUCGCUGUUUAUCACGGUGCUGGCUUACGUGUUGUUCGGCUUCAAGAUUACGGCCGAGAAAGUGUUUAUGAUAACCGCUUAUUACAACAUUCUGCGUACGACUAUGACCGUUUUUUUCCCGCAAGGAAUAACGCAAGUGGCGGAGGCGAUGGUAUCUAUAAAACGCUUGCAGAACUUCAUGAUGUAUGAUGAAGUGGCAUCUCCCGAAACUAAGAUAGUGAAAGAAAACGCGAAGGAGAAAUACAAAGAAAAUGCGAAUGAGAAUUACGAGGAGAACGUGAACAAGAAAUACAAGGAGAACGCGAAUGAAAACUACAAGGAGAACGCGAAUGAGAACUACAAGGAAAAUGCGAAAAAAGAUCUGGCCAACCAGAAGAAAAACGAUCGAGUGACCGCGGAUCAAUCGGGUAACGAGUACCAUAUUUCCAUCGAGAAUGGUAGCGCCAAGUGGCUGGAUUAUGAGACGGAGGACACUUUGCAAAAUAUCAACAUUAAGGUACGCCCGGGUGAAUUGAUCGCCAUUGUUGGCCAGGUUGGUGCAGGUAAAAGCAGCCUGAUGAACGUCAUCCUGAAGGAGCUACGUUUGCAGCAAGGUUCCAUUCAGAUUAAUGGCAAAAUUGCUUAUGCCAGUCAAGAGCCGUGGCUGUUCGCCGGAUCGGUGAGACAAAACAUUUUGUUUGGACGAAAGAUGGAUCAGGUCCGAUAUGAUCGCGUGACUAAAGUGUGCCAGUUAAAGAGGGACUUCAGCUUGCUACCUUAUGGCGAUAAGACGAUAGUAGGCGAGAGGGGUAUUAGUCUUUCCGGUGGCCAGCGUGCAAGAAUAAAUUUGGCGAGAGCUAUUUACGCCGAAGCCGACAUAUAUCUCAUGGAUGAUCCUUUGAGCGCCGUGGACGCUCACGUGGGCAAACACAUGUUCGAAGAGUGCAUCGACAAGUAUCUGCGCGGAAAGACCCGUAUUCUUGUGACCCAUCAAUUGCAAUACUUGCAUAAUGUCGGCAGAAUUAUCGUUCUGAAGGACGGAGCCAUCCAAGCAGAAGGUACUUAUGACGAAUUGGGCUCUAUGGGAGUGGAUUUCGGUCGGCUAUUGGAGAAUCAAACGCAAACGGAUGAGAAAUCUUCUCGACCCCCUUCGGCUCCCGUUAGCCGAAGCAAUUCGCGUACCGGCAGUAUUACAUCCCUGAGCUCCUUUAUGACAAUUGAUACUACCAAACAGGAACCUGACGAGAUGGCCGAGAUGCGGACAGUUGGCAAUGUUGCCGGCAAAGUGUACGGGGAUUACUUUCGCGCCGGCGGCAAUUGGUGCGUAAUAUUCAUGGUUACCAUGCUUUGCGUAUUAUCGCAAUUAGCGGCCAGCGGCGGUGAUUUCUUUAUCGCGAGGUGGGUCGACAUCGAAGAAAACUACGUGAAUCAAACUAAAGACGGCGUCGUGGAAGAUCCGAGGAGUCCUCUCACGCGCAUACAAUGCAUCUAUAUUUUCACCGUGGUGACCGUGCUAACGAUCGGCGUGACUCUGAUGCGUUCGUUUGCCUUCUUCAGGGCGUGCAUGCGUGCCUCCAUACGGCUACACGAUCACAUGUUUCGCAGCAUCAGCCGCGCCACAAUGCGUUUCUUCAAUACUAACACAUCAGGCCGUGUGCUCAAUCGGUUCUCUAAAGACAUGGGUGCGGUGGAUGAGAUACUGCCUACCGCACUCAUUGACUGCCUACAGAUUGGUCUGUCGUUGCUCGGCAUCAUCAUCGUAGUUGCCAUUGCGAAUGUUUGGUUGCUGAUCCCCACUCUGAUCGUCGGCAUUAUCUUUUACUACUUGAGAAUCUUUUACCUGGCUACUAGUCGUAGCGUCAAGCGUCUUGAAGGCAUCACUCGCUCACCGGUUUUCGCUCACUUAAGCGCGACUCUUCAAGGACUACCGACGAUCCGCGCGUUCGGAGCGGACCAGAUUCUCACGGAGGAGUUCGAUCGUCAUCAAGAUCUCCAUUCGUCUGCGUGGUAUAUCUUCAUUGCGUCCUCACGCGCCUUUGGUUUCUGGUUGGACAUUUUCUGCGUGCUAUAUAUCGUGCUGGUGACAUUAAGCUUCCUUGUGAUGGACAACUAUGCUCGUGGCUCAAUGGAGGGUGGAUACGUAGGCCUAGCGAUCACCCAGAGUAUCGGCCUCACCGGCAUGUUCCAGUGGGGCAUGCGCCAGAGCGCCGAGCUGGAAAACCAGAUGACUUCUGUAGAACGCAUCCUCGAAUACAGCAAAGUGGAGAGCGAACCUCCUCUUGAGAGCGCCCCUGAUAAAAAGCCUAAGUCCGAGUGGCCACAGGAAGGCAAGAUCGAGUUCAAAAACGUGAACCUGCGUUACGCGCCGUUGGAACCGCCGGUAUUGAAAAAUCUCAGGUUCGUCAUCUUUCCGCGCGAGAAGAUUGGUAUUAUUGGCAGGACCGGUGCCGGCAAGUCGUCUCUGAUUCAAGCUCUUUUCCGCCUGGCCGACAUAGAAGGCCCGAUCGAGAUCGACGGCAUUGACACUAGUGAGAUCGGUCUGCACGAUCUGCGCUCCAAGAUCAGCAUUAUCCCGCAGGAACCGUUCCUAUUCUCCGGUACUCUGAGACGGAACCUCGAUCCAUUCGAUUCGUAUCCGGACGACCUGCUGUGGCAGGCACUUGAGGAAGUCGAGUUGAAGGAGAUGGGCCUGCAGGCACACGUCAACGAGGGCGGCUCCAAUCUUAGCGUCGGCCAACGGCAGCUGGUUUGCCUGGCACGUGCCAUCAUCAGAAACAAUCCGAUACUUGUGCUGGACGAGGCGACCGCCAAUGUGGAUCCGCGAACAGACGAACUCAUCCAGACGACGAUCAGAAAGAAGUUCGAGAAGUGCACGGUGUUGACGAUCGCUCACCGAUUGAACACCGUCAUGGACAGCGACCGUAUCCUGGUUAUGGAUGCCGGCAAGGCAGUGGAAUUCGAUCAUCCCCACGUGCUGCUGCAGAAGGAAUCAAGUUUUCUGAAGAGCAUGGUACAGGAAACUGGCAAAGCGAUGGCGGACGCCCUGGCCGGUGUUGCCCGCGACAGCUACCUGAAUCGCGCGACUACGCUGUGAAACACCCUCAACGCUAAUCUUUCGACAGAUGAUUUCUAAAAAAGAUUCCGUCUAUUCUCUUGUGAGAAUUAUCUUUGAACGGCUCUAGAGAUUACGUUAAAGAGAAAGACAAAACAGCUAAACUCGGUCCAAGAAUUUUGGAUUCUUAGAAUUUAGAAAUAUAUCGGAAAUCUUGGCACACCGAAAGUUAACAAAAGUAUCGUAAAAGCCAGGAUUUUGGUCUCCGUAUGUAUAGAAUGUAGAAUAUAAAAGGUUCUUGAGUUUGAAAAUCUCAAGAAUUGAAAAUGGGAAAAGCGAAGGAUAAAUAUACCAAAUGAUAGAUCCAUAUUUAGAAAUGAAAAACUAAGGUAUGUUAGAAUUUAGGCAAAGAUUUAGGCGUCAAAUAAGUUUGAACGAAAUAUAGGAUGUAAAAGAAAUGAAAGAGAGAGAGAGAGAGAAAGAAAAAAAAGAAUCAAUAGAUAUAAAGAAAAAUGAAAGAUUACAUACAUAAUAUAAUCUAGGAUUCUGGAUUGAUGGAUUCAAGAGGGAAAAUGGAAAAAUGUUUAAAGAGGCAUUCAGAUAUAUAAAGAUCCUUGCAAACUCGGGAACGCGCGAAAGAGGACACAGAGAACCGGCGAAACUUUUUCGGCAGGGAUUAAUAAACCAACAAUCGUUUUUUACUGCAAAGUGCACAGACUCGUUCAGCUUGUCUUUUUUCGAAAAUUCUGCCUUUUUCGAUCCAAUGCAAUGUCAGUGCAGCGAGCAAUCACAAAAACGCUCGCCUCAACCGCGGAACAACCGCAGUUAUAGUAUUAUUACGUCACUUUUGUAUCAGUCUGACCCAGAGUAUUCCGUCAGGAAGAAUGAAGCUUUCAACACGUUGGAUCAUCGAUCUUUUAAUCGUCGGUGAUUAAACGCUUUAAUAAAUAUAUCUUUUAUUUAUAUCUUUUAAGUAAUUUCAAUAUCUUAUUAUUUUUUAAAUAAUUUUACAUAAACAAGAUUUAUCUCAGCAAAAUAUAUGAAUAAAAUAUUAGGGCGAUUUAGAAGGAUAAUAAUUUGAAAUAUGUAUGAAAAGAGCUAGGAAUAUAAAUCCGAGAGAUUCGGAGAAGUUGUAGAUCAUAAGAUUGAACCUCUUCGAUUAAUCGACGGAUUUGAGGGCCAGAAAUUUUGAGAUAUAUAUUAUGUGUUCCAUCGUGUUUAGAAUUUUGCGUGAAUAAUGAUUUAAAUAAUUUAGAUUAAGGAUUUGAUUAAUUCUUUAGAUAUUCUUAAGGAUACAAUUGCUCGAAGUGGAAUUAUUCUUAAAUAAUUUCAUCUCUUGACAUAUCUUUAAGAAUUCCUCAAGAUCGGUGAACCAACAAAUUAAGACAAAAUUGUACUUAACGUUAAGGAAAAACAGAUUCUACUAAUUUUUAUACUCAUAUAUACUUCGAUAUACAUGGUGUCUAGCAAGAAAGAAAAACGAGUGACAAUACUAAAUUCGUGAUUCAUCUCUCGAACACGCGCCGGUACCCCUCGUUUUUUUCGAAACUACCCCGUGUAUGUAUCCACAAUCAUGCAAGAAAUGCGCAAUGUUUCUCCUGUUACACUGGUGCUACAAGUAUAAGGAAUAUCAACAAAAGGAGAGCUUGCCACUGCUCUAUGUUUAAAGCGAAAUACUUAAACACGAGCAGUUAUUAAAAGUAACUACGUUUUUUUUUAGUACUCUAUUGUUAUUUUAUAUAUUAUUGUAUUGUUAUUAUUAUUAUAAUAACGAAGCGCAUUGUACUCGAUCUUUAUGUAAAUAAUGCAAAGUCGAAAAGCAACGAGAAUCAAAGUACUUAAUGCCUUUUUCGACGAUUGAUUUUAUACUGAUCAAUUUUUCGCUGUGAUUAGGAAGCGAGACAGUAACAUACGUAUCGACUACAUUACGUAAAUAAUUUUUGAUCCUCUUUUUUUAAUUCUUCUCCUUAUUGGUAUUUUUAAGCGGCAAUAACUUCAAAUGUUACUUUAAACAUAGUCUAAUUUUUUUAAAUAUAGUAUAGUCAUUAUAUUACAUAUAUAAUAUUCAUUAUUUAAAUUAUAUUCAAAUAAUUAUAUGAAAACUGCGUUUUAAUUAUUGAAUUAUUAUCGUAAUUAUUUGAAGCUACUGUUACUUUGAGAUACUGAUAGCAGGACGAAGAAUUAAAGAGGGGUUACGGACACAAGCUUUUCACGAGGAUAUAUCCUAUACACUAUACAUGAACGUCCGUAUUGUAAUCGUCGUCAUCAAUAUUUAUUAUAUAUGUAGAUAGAUGUAUUGUACUCUUUUUUUAAGCUGAAAAUGCGAAUUACAAUAUCUUACUUAAAAGUGCCUAUUAUAUUGUAUUAAUCAUUGUAAACGAAAUAUAGAUACAAAUUAUUAUUUAUGUAAAUAAUCUACGUUAUCAUCUUAUUGGGCAUGCCAUAUAUAAUCUGCUUUUUUAUAAUUUCCUCUUCUUUUAAAUUACAGAACUAUGCUCUUGUCUCUAUAACGAUCAUGUUAUUACAAAUAUUAAUUAUGUCCCCUUUGUACGGCAGUGAUAAUUGAAGUCGACAUAAUUAGAACUUAUUGUUGAUACAAAACAUAUGUUAUUUUCUUUUAUAAGGAGAUGCAUGAACUCAUAUUAUGCUGGGUUGAAUAGAUCUUAUAAUAAAUUCUUUAUUUAUCUUAUGAGAAAAAUAAGUUGAUUAGAUAUGUAAAGUAUAUAUAUAAAUAAUAAAUUAGAAUUACAUCUCGAAAAUCCAACAAAUCGAAGGAUCGAUUAAAAAAAAAAGAUUCAAGAUAGCAAUAUUCUUGAUUAGAUUGGUAAGUACAUGCAACUCUGAAGACGUUUGAGAUGUUUUAUUAUUUAUCAAAAUACAUGAAUCCAUUUAUUUAAAAAGAUGGUCGAAUCACUGAACGAGAAUAAAACGAAAGGAUCAAUAAAUAAGAUUACAAGAGAAUUAAUUACUUAUCGAGAAAUACUAAUUAUUUUCGAUAAUUAAAAUUAAUCAACGAAAUUGCGACAAGACACGCAUUGCUUAAAUCUAAGUGGAAAAUAAAAUAAGUAUAAUAAAAUGUAAAUUACAAUUACAUUCUCUUUAAAAAAAUUGCGCUUAUAGGAUCUGAUCAUCCUCUAGAUAGGACCUAGAUAUACACGGCAUAUACAAAGAAUUAUUCUUAUGUCACAAAACAUAUGCUCCGCUAUAAACAGUUAGAACAUCUUACACGUGUAAACGGCUUUUAUUACUCGCGCCGCCAAACAAUCGACCAGUCAUAAUCAGACGCACGCUAGAUAAACAUUUAUCUAGAAUUAUACACGUACGAUCCCAACUUGUUCGUUUUGUCUCUUAUCGAUUAAACUAUUUAUAGUUAAAAAAAAAGGAGAAAGAGAACGUACGCGAAUCGCGCUACUUCUAAGAAUUCUAGAGAGACUUUAUUGUCAAAAUACAAAGAUUAAUUGAUUAAAUAAGUAAAUCAUUCGCUAAACCGUCUUAUCGAUAGCGACGAACAAUGCAACGAUAAGACCAAUAAGAAAAAUUAAAAAAAAAAAAAGACAAAUAAACGGUUCAUUUGCGAAAGGAACACAUCUGCUCUUUUGUCAAAUUUGAGAGCGAACUAUAUAAAAAUCUUAUCAAAAAUUAAUAAAUUUAUUUAAUCUUAUUUUAUUCUUCUUCUUGCUUAUAUUAGAUGAUAUCUAAUGUUUAAAAAAAUUAAGAAAAUAUUUAGACUAUUUUUUGGAAAUUUUAUAAGAAAUGCAAGUCUCUAAUUAUAUAUUACAAAUUUUUGAAAAAAAACGAGUCUCUUUUUAAUGAUUUAACUUUUGAAAACGAUGUUUUGGCGAGCCUUUCGAAAAAUUGUUAUUUCUGGAAUGACCAGUUUGUCUCGCAUGGUGUUCCCUACAAAUACGCGAGAGAAUUACAACCCUAUUUUCGGAAAAAAACAAUUCGGAGUCCCUCUACGAAACGCACCGUUCAAAUGUAAUUACUACAUCUAUAUACUCUGCUUACUCGGCUCGCGAUUAUCCUUUGCAAGGGUCCUUGCUGGCAUCCUCGGCGAGACGAGUACACUAGUGUGUCGUAAUACUGACAGUAAAGAGAAUAAUUGCUAUCAACGUUAAAAAUUAACCUUCCCUCUAAUUGUCUCCUCCCCACCUCACUCUUCUACCUUUCCUUCCUCUCGCCUAAGUUACAAUCAUGAAUCACGGUUACGAUUAUAAUUAACACUUAUCUUCUAUUUUAUUUUUAUUGUUUUUACGAUGUUUUUGUCAUUCCUCGUAGUAUACAACCUACGCAAACAUUCUGAAUUUUCGGAUUUCGUGCGCUGGGCCCCAAUUCAAUUCCCUGGAAUAGGACUGACAAUCGCUGAUAUAGUUCUGAUAAAAAUGCGAUUGAUAAUGGAAUUGUUUCCUGGUUAAAGCAAUGAUUUUUACAUUUGUAAAUAAAUUCAAUAAGAAAAUAUUCGUGAUAAAUUUAUACAAUCGCGAUUUUUACACAAAACAAAAAAUAUCCUAAGUUUAAUUUAUGAAAAAAAUUCCAAAUAUAUAUAUAUACUUAGAUCAAAAAUUCAGGAAAAUAUGAAGGAAAUUUAAGAAAAAUAUCCCUUCUAGAGAAUCCAGAAAAUCGCGAGUGUUACUCCCCGUCUUCGAAGAGUGAAAAUGUGAUAACGAUUAGCAAGCAACGAUUACUGACACCGAUUGUGCGCUCAGGGAUGUCCAGGAAUAUUCGGUAUGGAAUACACCUUGUACGCCUACAUAUGUAUAUAUGUAUACACAUAUAUGUAUAUAUAUAUAUAUAAAACAGUAUAAAACGCUUAUAUAUUAACAUCCCGAGGCAGUUGACGUAUAUUAUAUCGAACGAUAAUGCGGAAUUAUGCCGUUAUCGCUCGCGAUAAACCAGCUUUUAGAGAAAAUGUCGCGCAAAUGUGACGUAUCGGAGUGCAUUUCCGCGCGAUUGUAUAAACCCUUUAACCAGAAUUCGAAUAUAAUUUUAACUAAAAAUUUGCGCGAGUAAUAAAAUAUAUAAGUAAAUAUAAUUUACAAUUUACAUCCUAUACAUUUAGAUAAACUUAUUUCCAGAUUUUUGCCACGCGUAUCAAGUGCGCAAAUAUUUAUAAGUACUUAAACAAAUAUUUCUUUUCCAUAUCUCUCGAAACAGGAAUUUAAAAUCUUAUUCACUAGUUAAAGGGUCGAUCGAUUAAAAUGUACGCAAUUUGUACAUAUAAAUAAAACGCGGCUAGCUAAAUAAAUAUAGAUUUUCAAUAUAUACAAAGAAGAGUAACGAUAAGCACAAUGAAAAAAAAAAAA